AUGGCUUCGACCGGCGAUGGAGGCGGCUCGCUGCCGCCAAACUUCUUCCUGACCCCGCACCAGCAGAACCUGCUCUUCGCUGCUCUCAACGCCAACAAUCCGCAAAAGUCGGCCGCUUCGACCACGAAUGGUGGUCUCUCGCUGUCGCCCAAUUCCUUCAAGGGCUCCCCCAUGCAGAACCUGGAUAAUGGCGGCUUCCAGGAGAGCCCCUACCUGGACAACUACGACUACGACUUUGGCGACUCGAGCUUCGACUUUUCCUUUGCUGGCGGCGACCAGGCUCAGAUGAUUGGAGACGUGCCUGGCACCGUCAGGACCGAUUCAACCGAGAACGAAUCCAAUGAGAAGAGAAGCCAUCCGGAUGACGAAGAGGGUGAUGCCAGCCCCGGCAACGACUCCAAGCGUCGCGAGAGCACGGACAAGGCCCCCAAGAAGCCCGGCCGCAAGCCACUUACAUCGGAGCCCACUUCGAAGCGCAAGGCUCAAAACAGAGCGGCGCAGCGCGCUUUCAGGGAGCGCAAGGAGAAGCACCUGAAGGACCUCGAGACCAAGGUGGAGGAGCUGGAGAAGGCGUCGGAAGAAGCAAACCACGAGAACUCCAAGCUGCGAGCGCACGUGGAUCGCAUCACGUCGGAGCUCAACCAGUACAAGCAGCGGCUCGCCGUCAUGUCCAACGUCAAGCAGCCGGUGCCCCGUGAAAAGGUACCCUUCGGAAGCGCGGCCCUCAACAACCUGAGUGAUGUUAGCUUCCAGUUUGAGUUCCCCAAGUUCGGCGCCCUCCCAGGCCCGCCGGUCGCCAAACGACCAACGCCGGCGUCGCAGCCAAUCAGCCCGCCCCAGAACGGGCAGACGGCCAGCCCCGCCCGCAGCCAGAGUAACGACGGCAGGUCGCCGCAGUCGGCCCAGCAGUCGAUGCAGGACGACCUCGCCAAGUUCUCCGGCAUCUUCACCCCGUCCAUGAGCAGUUCGCACCGGGGUGGGUCAAGGGCGAGCCUGGAGUCGGCACAUCUCAGCUUUGGCGGCGCCACGAGCUCCCCUUCGGCCUCGUCCAAUUCGAACGCUGGACCGAGCUCGUCGUGUGGGACGUCUCCAGAGCCAUCGAACCAGUCCCCCAUGGGCUUUAAGCCUCUGGAGACACUGACCACAAUUGGCGAGGAGCAGCCGGCCACGUCCAACACCAACCAGCCGUUUGCUCAGUUUGCCAACGUGGACAUCGGCAGCCCCAGCUUUGACUGGCUCGCAAAUCAAAACGGCGGCCAUUUCGACCCUCAGCUUUUUGGUGAUUAUCGCGAGCCACAGGACAACGUCCUGUCCAACCCCAACCUCGAUGACUUCUUCAGCGAUGCUUUCAACGCCGACUUCUUCACGCCGUACAAUAUGCCUGCGACGACGAAGCAGGCGGCGCCGAAGAAGAAUCUCAUUGACGAAAUCGACGCUCAGCAGAACUCACUGGAUGAUGAGCCGCCAAAGAACAACAUGAACUGCAACCAGAUUUGGGAGAAAUUGCAGGACUGCCCUAAGGCGCAGAAUGGCGAGUUCGACUUGGACGGUCUCUGCUCGGAGCUUACCAAGAAGGCCAAGUGCUCGGGCAGCGGCCCGGUGGUGGGCGAGAAGGACUUUGACACCAUCCUCAAGAAGUACAUGGGCAAAGACGUGUCCACCGACUGCGUGGCCAACUCCCUGGGCAUUUCCGUUACGCAGGAACAGCCUAACGGGGUUUCGAUGACCUAA